GAUGCGCAGCAACCCUGAUUCUAAGGCCUCGCUGCUUGACGCUCUCGUCCUCGACAGGCAGCAGGGGGGGAGGAUGGAGCUGACCUCUGCCAAAGCAGCCCCCACCCGCAGGAAUCUUUUCGGGCCAGUGGACCACGAGCAUUUGCAGCAGGAGUUCCAGAGCGUGAUGAGCUCCAGCAUGGAAGGGGCGAAGCAGCGGUGGAACUUCGACUUCUUCCGGGAAGUGCCCACCGCAGGUCUUCUCCAGUGGGAAGAGCUGCAGGGCCAUGAGGUUCCGGCCUUCUACCACCCGUGCGUGGCCAGGGAGCCUCGCCAGCCUCUGCAGCCCGUGAACAGGACUGUGGACAGAGACGCAAAAGCUCCCCUCCUCGCCAAAGAGGUCGAAAGAGCCAGACCAGCCAAGAAGGCGGCAGCGAAGCGAAGGCAGACGUAUUUGACGGAUUAUUAUACAACAAAGAAGCAGAUCAGAACAAAUAUGCAAACACCUGUAAAGAAAUUGGCCUUCUAGACUGGAGCAUCGUACAGUGGAUCUCUUCCCAGACUUCUUUUUUUUUUUAAAGGAAUUUCCAAGCUUAUACAACAUGUCAGAAUGGUGUAUUCAGAUAACUAACACUUUGUAGCUUCACACAGAAGAACAGUGAAAGUGGGAAUAGUUAUUAGAAUAGCAACAAAUGCUUAUUAAAAUGCAGUCAGCCAAAUAACCUAAAUAGCUCUGGGAACCUUUUAAAAAAAAACCUGAUCUUCAAGUAAGAGACAGACUAAUUGUAGCAACAAUCACACUUCAGAGAGGAUUGCUUAUCAGAAGAUGGUCGGCGGAAGUGUUCAAAAUACUGCGUAUGAACAAAUUGGGAGCAGCCUUCCACCACUUUCCAUGUUGUGUGUGUGUAUUUUAUUUUUUUUUUACUUAUUUAAUACGUUAGGCUUCAGUGUGAAAAGCAGAAAUGUUUUACCAGCUUAAAGGUUUAAAAAUGGAAUUAGCGCACCUGUUUCUCAGUUUGCACCCAGCUGUUCCUCACCUGAGCAAGGGGGUUUCAUCACACGAUCACCAGCACCAUCUUGACUUCUUGACACACAAACCCUGCAGGUGUGUCUCGCAGCUGGAAGUCCUAGGAAAAUGUGUUUCGUGCCCUGUCUGACGUUCAGAAGUCCUCUGUCCUAUAGACUAGAUCAGUGUUUCUCAGCCUUGGCAGCUUUAAGAUGUGCGGACUUCAAUUAUACAUGGUCUCGGGUGCUUCAGAUCUAGUGGAGCUGGACUUAAAGGCAGACAGGCCUGGCCAUCUACAAGUGUUGAAAUGCCUUCGUUCCCAGUUCUGCUAAGUCGAUCGUAACUAUGAAUUGGCUAUAUUCAGUUGCUCCCAGGAAAUACAGCAGGUGUGCCUCAGAUUAAACCACGAAUCCUACAUCAUAUAGUCUGUGUUAUAUUUUGUCAUGAGAUCACUGGUUUUGGCAGAGUAACAUGAUGGGGCUAUGUGAUAAUAUGUGUGUGUUUUAGGUCACUUGGUGUAUAAUGUGCAUGGAUCCUAUGCAGAGAAGGCUCCCAAAUUUCUUCUGCAAAAAUCUGGAUGGCCACUAGAUGUCAGCAAAGAGAGUGAGAAACCUUCACCUCUUUGCUGCCAUGUCUGGUCAUUCAGAUCUAGUGGCUCUAAUCUUUGUUGCUGUAGCUCUCAUAGAAUAUUGUAUGAAAAAAAUAAGAUUGGUCAGUAAACUGGCAUUGUACAGAUUAUCUUGGAACAGAUGCCAUUCAUCUGUCCUGUGUCCUUUCAGAAUUUUUUUAAAUGCUUAAAAUGUUAUAUAGGAACAAAAUGGGCUCUUCCAGAUGGCCGAGUGAAUGUACAUUCCACCAGUCCUUGAGCAGGCAAAAAACGAGGUCAGCACAAUUAGUGUUGCCCCAAGGCCAACCCCUAUUCUGCCCCGGAAACAAAGCCAGCGAACGGUGCCGUCCUUAUUUAUUUCAAACCAAGUUAAGGAAAGUUAUUGGUGGAUUCCCUGGCCUUGUUUCUCUUCCCUCCGAGUGUCACUUGCUGGCAGGAAACCAGUCAUUGUCCUCAGCCUGGGCUGGGCAAGGAUGGGAGACCGUGGGUGGGUGCUUAGAACGGUCAGCUGAGCCACCUGUCCAGUGACCCAAACGACAAGUGGCUGGCGCUAAGGGUGAAGCAGGAGGAAUAUCCACCAUGCAGGCUAUUUUUAAAUACUGGUCUAGCGCAUUUCUGAAAGAGUGCUAAACCCACAUUCAGAAACAGCCCAGAUGACAGGUGACAGUCCUGGGAAUCCUGGGAUGAAGCAGAAGGGAGUGAUCAAUAACACGUGAGCUCCCUCAGUCAGUGCUGCAAGUGAAUGAUAGUUCUGGAGUGACCAGGAAAUCCAGCUGUGAUCUCCUGGCCAGCACCACCCAGAAGCAGCUGGUCGACAGCCAUUGGGGACACCCAGUGGUGACUGGUCCACAUGGAAACAACAGCCAUCACCACAGCACCUGUGGCCAGAAAAGAAUGCACGCACAGCUACUUUGCUUCGUUCUUGGUCCCAGCAGAAGGGUUUGUAGGCAUGCACCAGAUGGAGAUGACUUUAGGCUGACUUUGAAACACCCAUGCGAACCUUCCCCUGGAUGCAGCUGCUUUAAUGCUUCCUUUGCACUAACAUGCUUUGGGAAGGACUUCCUUCCCAUGCUUCACAUAGCUCUCCUCUGCAUACAUUAGUAGAUGAACCAAAUGUUCUUGGUGCUUUGGGUCUUGUUCAGUUAAGAAGCAUGAAACCUGUUGAAACCAACUGUUGUCCGGGGAGGCAGGAAGGAGAGUUGUUCAAGUCGCAUCUAUGGUGUGUAUCAAGUCUUUCAAAACUUUUACACGGGUUGGGAUUAUGUUUGGCAUUUUGAGAGACUGUUUACAACGUGAUAGCUACCUAUAGCUAUCUACUCUAACCUUUUCUCUCUUCAUUAUUGAAUGGAUGGGAUUAUUCCCGUUGCUGUAACCCAGUGUUUUUCAGCCUUGGUAACUUUAAGAUGGGUGGACUUCAACUCUCAGAAUUUCUCAGA